AUGACCUUCUGGUCUACCCCCAGUGUGGCCCACACAUUUUGCGCGUCACCAAAUUCCUUCGUUUCACAUUUCUCGCCAAUCAUGACGAGCGUCAAUGGCUCGAGCGUGCAGGAGGCCUUCGCGCUCAUGGCGACGCUGCUGGUGCCGCGCGUGCCCGUGCGCUACCUGGAGCUGAGCGGGCAGCUGCUGCAGCGCCGGCAGAUGGAGGAGGUAUUCGAGGAGCGCGCGGCCGCCAAGCGCUGCGCCUUCCCGGCCUGCUCGAAUCCGCUAUCGACGACGAAGGGCAAGCUUCGAGUCUCUUUGGCUCGCAAGGAGAUCUACGACGCCCACUACGAGCGGCAGUUCUGCUCUCAGCUGUGUCUCAAGGUCUUAACCACACAGUUUCAAGCUCUAGAUCCCCACCAAUGUGCUGCUGGAAAAGCUCGGGUGCUGCUCUCGAGACUCGCGCACAAGCCGCCGCAGCUGGUGCCGUCUCUGAUUGAAGUUUUCGGCACGGACAAGCCCAAUCCGUUCGACUACGAGGAUGACAAGCCCGUCAAACAAGUUGAAGCUCCUGUUGCACACAAGGCAGAGCCACUGCCGAAGGCCAAAUCAGUCUGGGCCAAAACGCAGGACCUGGGCGUCGUUGAGAGGAAGCACUCGACUGCGAACGCCAUGUCUGUGGGUGUCCCACCAGCUCUGGUGGCUGCUACGUCCACCAAGUUGAAGGAGAACGACUCCCCCGCAGCGCCGGACAGGAACUUCCCGACGGUAGAACACGCUACGCUUAUUGAGGGCUACGUGUUCCCUGCACACAAGCAGAAGCUGGCCAAGAAGGUGGAGAAGCUGGUCAAGAAGAGCCAAGAGGAGGGAGACGAUGAGGACGACAUCGUGGUUAGCGACAGCGACGAGAGUGACGCGGCGGCCAGUGACGUCUCCUCUGCGGGCAGCUUCGAGAUUUCCGACUUUGACGAGGAGGAAGUGGUGACGCUGAAUGAUCUGCCGCUGUUUAGCCACCUUUGGGGACUGCUGUCCAACUGGAUUACCCACGAGACUACACUCCUGGUGGCUGGCCUUCCUCUGCCUGCGAAGGUAGAGGAGAAGGAAGACGCAGACUCUUUGAUUCAAGGUCCCGACAAGAUCGAAGCUGACGCUGCGCGCCGACGAGCGCGUCAGAUUCGUCUGGAGCGAUGGAAUUCCCUCUCGCUGAUGCUGAGACGCCCUCUGCCUCAAGUAGCUCUGAAGCUGAAACUUGCUUGCGACCGCUUCGCUAACCACCGCAUCGAUACUAUCACAGAAACGUUCGCUCUGCGUGAUGCUAUUGACACCCGCAACGCGCACCAGUGGACUUGCGUUGCAACAAUUUUGAUGCUUGUAGCGUACAACAUCAAACCCAACGAGCUACUGGAAGGAGAGCGCAGUGAUCAAGUAAAAAUUCUAACGAAGCUGGACAUGUCGGAGCUCCAGCAGCUGCUUAGUCUAUUUUACGAGGUGCGCAAGGAUAGCGACGUUGCUGUCGACACGGACGUGGCUCCCGUUGCUGAGGACGAUAUGAACACCAAGGACGCAGCAAAAGAGGAAUCGCCUGAUGACAAGCCGCCAGCAUUUUGUCGGAAGUGCAGACGUGCCAAGAGCAAGUGUGUUUGCCAGACUCGCGCUAAAGCACCGAAGGAGAAAGAAUUUUCUACGACUCAGUUGGAGGAGAUGCUCCAGGAAGCGCUUGUACUGCGCGAUGAGUACGACGAGCUGCUGCAACCUGAUGAGUAA